GGGACCCAGGCUGAGCUGAGCUGAGCUGCCUGCGCUGCGCUGGGCUGAGCAGCACCGCGGACAGCGCCCGGCCCGCCACUCCCGUGCGCACCGUCCACUCGUGUCCGCUGACACUCCGAGGCGCAAUGGCAGAGUCCCACUUGCAGUCUCCCCUCAUCUCGGCCUCACAGUUUUUCGAGAUCUGGCUUCACUUCGACGCUGACGGGAGUGGGUAUCUGGAAGGCAUGGAGCUGCAGAGCCUGGUCCAGGAGCUCCAGCGGGCGCGGAAGAAGGCGGGGCUGGAGCUGUCGCCUGAGAUGAAAGCUUUUGUGGACCAGUACGGGCAGAAGGAUGAUGGGAAGAUAGGAAUUGUAGAGCUGGCGCACGUGCUGCCCACGGAGGAGAACUUCCUGCUGCUGUUCCGGUGCCAGCAGCUCAAGUCCUGCGAGGAGUUCAUGAAGACAUGGAGGAAGUACGACACGGACCACAGCGGCUUCAUCGAGACGGAGGAGCUGAAGAACUUCCUGAAGGACCUGCUGGAGAAAGCAAACAAGACGGUGGAUGAUGCAAAGCUGGCCGAGUACACAGACCUCAUGCUGAAAUUGUUUGAUUCAAAUAAUGACGGGAAGCUGGAGUUAACGGAGAUGGCCCGGCUACUACCAGUGCAGGAGAAUUUUCUUCUUAAAUUUCAGGGUGUCAAAAUGUGUGGGAAAGAGUUCAAUAAAGCUUUCGAGUUAUAUGACCAGGACGGCAAUGGCUACAUCGAUGAACAUGAGCUCGACGCUUUGCUGAAGGAUCUAUGCGAGAAGAACAAGCAGGACCUGGACAUCAACAGCAUCCCCAACUACAAGAAGAGCAUCAUGGCCUUGUCCGAUGGGGGGAAGCUGUACCGGACGGACCUCGCCCUCAUUCUCUCUGCUGGGGACAACUAGCGUGGUCACCCGGCCACUCGCUAGCGGUACACCUUCUCUAAAAGCAAGUGUGCACUCAAGGGAGUAGCCUGUUUCCGUUUAUAGCUGUACAUUUAACUGCCCGUAGAUAACUGUCCAGUGUGUGGCACAAUCUUUCCACUUGUUUCUAUACUGCUUGUAAUGUACAGUUUUUGUACCACAGGACUGAAAAGGAGAUUGUCUACGCUUACGCCAGUCAAUACACCCAUUAAAAAAAUAACCUGACAUAUUCCUGCUUUCGUACAUGGAGUUGGACAGCGUUUCCCUAAACAAUUCAUCAGGAUUAAUCUCUACAACUCUAGUCUCUGAUGUGUUAAUGCGAGCUUUUCACCGAAGCAUUCUCUCUUCAGACAAUCACAGGUCAAUCCCACAAGACCGUCCUACGCUGUCCUUCCAGUUACCAGCAGGCGUGUGCUUUCGCGUCUGGAGUACCGACACCCGUAGUUAGGUAGCGGCCCUAUGGCAGGAUGGCGUCUCCUGCCUGACCUCCCCAGGCGCUGGUCAAGCAAUUUGGGGAGACAGUGCCCGGUGGACGCCACACUGUCCAAUCCUUGUGUGUCUCCCACACGCUCCCCAUGGAAGGACAGCCUCAGCCCACUUUCUAAACAGUUUUCACAUGUUGGUGACGACAAUUAUUCUAGAAAAUGCUGUUUUGAUGUCGUGUUCUGUCAUCUCCGAUUAAAUCCCACGUGCUGAGCA